AUGGCAGGAUCAGCGUUGCGGCGGCUCAUGGCUGAAUAUAAACAAUUAACACUAAAUCCUCCUGAAGGCAUCAUUGCAGGACCAAUCAAUGAAGAAAAUUUUUUUGAAUGGGAGGCUUUAAUCACUGGCCCAGAAGGAACUUGCUUUGAGGGUGGUAUUUUUCCAGCAAAGCUCUUAUUUCCCCCUGAUUAUCCCUUAAGUCCCCCUAAAAUGCAAUUUAUUUGUGAAAUGUUUCAUCCUAAUAUUUAUUCUGAUGGAAGGGUUUGCAUAUCUAUUCUACACGCACCUGGAGAUGAUCCUAUGGGCUAUGAAAGCAGUGCAGAAAGAUGGUCACCCGUUCAAAGUGUAGAAAAAAUUCUCCUUUCGGUCGUCAGCAUGUUAGCUGAGCCUAAUGAUGAAAGUGGAGCCAACGUAGAUGCAGCUAAAAUGUGGAGAGAAGAUCGUGAACAAUUUAAUAAGAUAGCAGAGAAACUUGUCAGAAAGACGUUAGGCCUACCAUCUCCUUAG